CCUGUAACUGGUUGUAAUUGAAAUCCUGUAAUCAGCUGGAAGCUACAAAUAGAACGUACAAUGGCUAGCUCGAAACGUAUAUAUCAUAAAAUUCAGGCACUGAAUAAAUGCAACGAAGGCGCAAAAUAUUUGGUGAAUCGGAAUCCUCGAAAUUUGGAACGAUUACGCAUUGCGUACAAACCUGACGGUUACCAUCUGGAAAAGCCUGGCCGCAGUUAUUGGCACAAAUUGGACCUGAUUGCUAGUAACAAAUAUGUUACAGCAAAGCUGAAACACAACCAAAAUGGGACUGUUGUCGAAAGCAGUACAUCCGAAUGGGCAAUAAAGCAGUAUUUAUUCAAAGGGAAUGACACAUCUGCAUACAUCAAUUUGGCUAAAAUUUUUGCUCUUCGUUGCAUGGAAGCGGGAUUGACCGAGAUGCGUUGCGAUCUGCAACCUAUACAGGAUGGUAAGGUUGAUAAAUUUCUGAAAACGUUAAUUGAAUGCGGAAUCAGUCUACAAGAACCGAAUAGGAUAAAAGCAGUACAGCCAUGGGAUAUGGAUCGACCAGAAAAGCCAUGGGAGGUUAUUGAAUGAUACAAUGCCAAGUUCGAGUUAUCUAUAAUUUAUUAGUCGAUUAAAUCAUUUUUUUCUGCACAUUU